CAACAAACGGUUAUUCAAACUACUGCAGUCGCUCGGGGUUCACCCUACUGACUUUCUAAGGGAUUGUUGAUUAAUAUUUGUAGAUAUCUACAGUGGCGACAUGAGACUGAGUGAAGUCCACGCAGCAGAGUCUGUUGCCUAUCUAAACAAGGCCCUGGUCAAGCUGCAGGAUAUCUGGGAUGAAAUCGGGAUCCCAGAAGAGCAGCGUGUUAAGAGAACCGGUGAAGUUCAUAAACAUGUUAAAAGUUUGCUGGACUUGAUGAUUGAAGAAGAGAAGGCGCUCAAGAGGCAGCUGCUUAACAACAUAGAGAAAUGCCGCAAAGAACUUGCUAUUUUGUGCAAAGAACUGCAUCGGCCUCCCUUCAAGGAGGAAGAAGGCAUCUCUAUUCUGCAGCUGGAGAAGGACAGCCGGAUCUGCCUGGAGACGUUGGAAAAACAAAAGCAACAAAGGCUGGAGGCACUGAAAGACCUUAUUGACAAAGACCACGAUCUGUGUGACAUUAUGUGCACCACUCCCUUUAGCAUUGACAAGAGUGUGGUCCCAUCAGCAGAGCAGCUCGAGAGCUUUCACUCCUACAUCAACAAUCUCACCAAAGAGAAGGAGCGUCGUCACGGUGAAUUUAUGAGCAUCAGAAAGGAGAUCCUCGCUUGCAUGAGUGACCUGGAGCAGCAGCCAGAAACCAGUUUUGAAAUGGACGUGGCCUGCGAGGACGACGAGGAUUUUUGCCUGUCAGAUGACAACAUUUCGAAUCUUAAACUUCUCCUCAGCCGGUUGCAAGAGCGCAAGGCUGAGAACGAGCAGCUUUGUUCAGGUUUCCGCACCAAGAUCCAGGAGCUGUGGGAGAGACUUCAGAUUCCUCAGGAGGAGCAGGCAGCCUUCUCUGAGCACAUGGUCAACUCAAAAAAGAAAAACCUUGAAGCACUGCAGACAGAGCUCCAGCGUCUAGAGGUGCUGAAAAGGCAGAGCAUGAGAACCUUCACCGAGGCCAUCAGAGCAGAAAUCACUCUGUUGUGGAACAAAUGUUUCUACAGCAGUGAGCAGCGGGAAGCUUUUGUAUCAUUUCAUGAUGAUGAUUUCACUGAGGAGCUCCUCAAUCUGCAUGAGAGUGAGGCCAAGAGCCUGAAGAAAUAUUACGAGGACCACAAGGAACUCUUUGAGGGAGUCACAAAAUGGCAGGAGACUUGGAGCUUGUAUUUGGAGCUUGAGAAAAAGGCUAAUGAUCCUUCAAGGUUCAACAACAGAGGAGGGAACCUUCUGAAAGAGGAGAAGCAAAGAGCUGAUCUGCAUAAAAGUUUGCCCAAGUUGGAGAAGAGUCUGAAGUCCCAGGUCGAAGCUUGGGAGCAGGAGCACAACAGAGAGUUCCUGGUGAACGGACAGAAGUUUCUUGAAUACGUGAAGCAGCAGUGGGAGACGCACCACGAGGAAAAGGAGCGGGAAAAACUUGAACGACAACUAAAGAAAACUAGACAAACACAGGAAGAAAUGUUUUACGGAACAACAAAAACGCCAUCGAAAAGACGAAUGCCAGGAACUCCAUCAAGCUCCAAACUAAGAAAGUUAAAUGGCACCUCGACUGUCACCACACCAAACAGCUUCCUCGGUUCAGGCCUCGGUGGAACCAUGUGUCAUUCCUAUCUGCAGAAACCCCCCCUGUCUGCCAACAAGGGUGUUGGUCUGCGGACUCCAGGAUGUGGAAAGAUGCCCCGAGCAUUAGAGCGGAACAAGGAGAACAUCUCUCACAUUAACAGAAACACUCCCUGUGGAACACCAAAAUCUCAGGAUCUCACCUUUAACUCUGUUGCUGGCUCCUAUACAGAUUUUGCGAAAGAGCUUACAAAAGCCUCCAAAUCAAAUGCGACACCUGGACUGCUGAACUCCACCGUCAGUCAUCACUGACGACGCUUCUGGUGAAAAUGUCUUUAUUUCUGAUUUUACUCCUGUUGUUUAAGACUAUUCCUGCCUUACUUCUGUAACUAUUUUUCAUCUAUGCUGUAAAUAUUUGAUUCUUGGGCUGUUGCAUUUUUAUUACAACCUUUUUUUCCCCAUGUGGGUUCAUUUUUUAAACAAGUGUUUUAAAGAACUUAAGUACAUUACGUACUGUGCUUUUCUUUCUCAAGCUGGAGUAAAAGUAAAAUUAAAUUGUUUUAUGCUUUUAAAUCAGUCUGUUAAUAAACAUUUAAGCAAACAUUGA